AUGAGUGUCAGUUUAGAGAACAUUCUUGGAUUCAAAGUUAGAGUGAUCAAUGUUUUAGACGAGGUAACCGAAGGUAAGGUUUACUCUUUCAAUUCAUCAAACAGUACUCUGACGCUUCAAACAAACAAAAAGAACCAGCAGCCUUCAUUCAAGAUAAUAAAAUGCAGUUUCAUCAAGAGUCUUGAGGUCAGCGGGGAGAAGCCCGCGUCAAAUGUGUUCAAGAGGCAACAUAUCAAACCAACAUACAUUGAUGUGCAGAGAAUCGACGAAGCAUUGAAGAAGAAAAUUGCCCAGAAGGAGAAGACGAAUGUCUUGAUUGGCAAGGGCGUCAGUGAGGAAGGGCAAUUCUUUUUUGAUCUACUUUAUAAGACAGUUUCUGACACGAGAUGGGUGGACAAGGCCAUUGUUGUGCUGGACGAUGUGCAAGUGCUGCCACCGUACAAGGUAGAGAAUAUCAGAUCACACAGUGGCACCAAUAGUCAGUCUGCUGCUUUGGUGCAAAAAAUCAUAGAGAGAGGUUGGGAGAAGCUGGAGAAUGCCAGCGAGACCAACGGCCGAAAAGGCGGAUAA